AUGACGGACCCUCUGAGGAAAACGCUGUCCAGGCUCCGGGGAAGACGGGGUCCCCACGCCACCGGGGGGCUCGGUCUCCGGGCGGCCACAGCAGCCACCGUGGCGGCCUCUUCGGCUGCCGAGGGAGACACGAGUGGUGCCCGGGACGCCCCCUCAGGCGAGCGCGCCAGCGGAGCUCGGCCGAACCUGGAACGGCCCCCGCCGUCGCCUCAGGCGUGGGGUCCUGAGGCUGGGGUCCCGGGAGGGCGGCCGGAGAGGUCGGGGGCGCUUGGGCCUCCGCCGCGCGGCUGGAAGGAGGCCACCCCCCCGGGCCGCGGGCUGUACGCCCCGCCGGGCUCCGAGGGCAGCGGAGAGGACGAGGAGGACGACGCCGACUACUACGAGAACCUGCCCGGAGGCUUCCAGCCUACGUCCCAGCCUGAGGGGGCGGAGGCGGAGCGGUGGCCCCCGCCUCCCCUGGCCGUGGGCUCCUCCCCGGGGGCGGAGGGCGGCCGCUUGGAGACAGGCAGGCUGCAGACCCAGUUGCGAGAGGCCUAUUAUCUGCUGAUCCAGGCCAUGCACGACCUGCCCCCUGACUUCGGCGCGCGGCGGGGCGACCGGAGCUGGGCAGAUCGCGGUUGCCCUGCGGGAGCCCGGGCUCCGGGCCAGCCGCCUUCCCCCUGCGGCGCGGCGGACGGCCGAGCCUGCCCCCGAGACUGGGAGCGCGGAGGCGGCAGCCGCCCUUGGCAGCAGGUGUCCCCGCCCCGGUCGCCUCCUGGGGAGUCGGGGGGAGGCCGCCCACGGACUCCUCGGAUGCGGCUGUCCUGCAGCAGAAGUCUCGACAGCCUCCAGGUGGGUGCCAAAACGCCUCCCUUCCAGCGGUGGCCGAGCGACAGCUGGAUCUGGUGCGGUACGCGCGGGGAAGCGGAGGAGCCCCCGCCACGUGGAGGCGGGAUGGACGGCUGGAGCGGAGGCAGCGCCCGGGCCGCGUCGCCCGCGGGCCCCCGGCUUCCCAGCUCCCAGGACCCCGGCCGCUCCACGGGAAGCCACGGCAAAGGGGACGGCCAGGAGGGGCUCCCCUUCCUCAGGCCGCCCGCGGUGACAGUCAAGAAGCUGCAGAAGUGGAUGUACAAAGGACGUCUGCUGUCCUUGGGAAUGAAGGGUCGCGCCCGUAGGACACCCCCCGAUGGCACGGAUGCUCAGGCAACCUCUCCAAAUCUGGGCGCUUUGAAAAUGCGGGAAAGUCAGGUCCUGUCGGUGCCUCCAGACCAAAGAAUUACGCUGACAGAUUUAUUUGAAAAUGUCUAUGAAUCUUCAAUGAAGAGAAAUGAACUCGAAGAUCUGAAGGAUAAUAUUGGCUUCAGGGGUCAUCAGCCACUUAACAGCAUCACUGUGUCAAAGAAACGCAAUUGGCUAUAUCAAAGUACUCUGAGAUCUUUUAAUUUGGAAGAAGAAAAUAAGAAAUGCCAAGAUAUAAGUCAUUUAUCUGUUUCACCUAUUUCUCUACCUAAACAGCAGCUGUCACAACCUUUUCUCAAAUCAUCUGAAGGAUAUUGUACGUAUAUGGUGUGUAAUGCUACAAAUUCUUCAUUAUCAAGAAACUGUUCAUUAGACUUUAAUGAGGAAAAUGAUGCAGAUGAUGAAGGAGAAAUAUGGUACAACCCCAUCCCUGAGGAUGAUGACUUUGUUAUAUCAAAUGCCUUGAGUUUUGGUGAGGCAGACUCUGCUGUUCUGAAGUUUCCUGAUGUCGGUUUGAAAGUAUCAUCUGGCAGUAACCUAAUGAAAGCAGAGCAGUGCUCUGAAGGCCCGCUCUGCUCUUCUGAACGCACAGGCGAUGCUCGGACCACACAGUCAGAUGCGGUAAAUCCUGCAGAUUCCAUCUGUCCCACAGAGUUUGUGCAGCAGGACAAGCAAAGGCAUAGACAGAAGAUGCAAGAAUGUACAAUUAUAGAGGACAGCCCCAUGUUGAAAUCUCCUUUUGCAGGUCCAGGGAGUGUAGCUGCUACAAACAAGACUGAUUUGGGAGUUAAGGAACCAUCUUCACCAAGCCCUAGCCCUGUGAAAAAAGGCAGUUCAAUAAAUUGGUCUUUCCCGGAUAAAAUAAAAUCUCCACGAACUGUGAGGAAACUUUCCAUGAAAAUGAAAAAGUUGCCAGAACUGAGCCGAAAACUGAGUGUUAAAGGAACCUUGAAUUAUGUAAACAGUCCAGAUAAUACUCCUCCUUUGUCUAAAUGUAACUGUCAAGAGAUUCAUCACGCUGUUAUUCUACCUUCUGGGAAUACAACCACAGCUGCUAAGAGGAAUGUAAUAAGUCGGUACCAUCUUGAUACCAGUGUGUCUUCUCAGCACAGCUAUCAGAAGAAAACGUCCGUGAGUUCUAAGUAUUCCUGCAAAGGUGGUUACCUCAGUGAUGGAGAUUCACCUGAGCUGAUAGCCAAAUCUAGCAAAUAUGGAUCCGAAAACAAAUUUGCAAAAGGAAAAGACAUAAUCCCAAAUAGCGGCAGCAAGAAUGAAAUAGACAUUGAUGCUUUUAGACAUUACAGCUUUUCUGAUCAACCUAAGUGUUCACAGUACAUAUCUGGGCUCAUGAGUGUGCACUUCUAUGGUGCUGAGGAUUUAAAACCACCUAGGAUAGACUCAAAGGAUGUCUUUUGUGCAAUUCAGGUAGAUUCAGUGAACAAAGCCAGAACAGCUUUGCUCACAUGUCGAACAACGUUUUUAGACAUGGAUCACACUUUCAACAUAGAAAUUGAAAAUGCACAGCAUUUGAAAUUAGUAGUGUUUAGUUGGGAACCCACUCCAAGAAAAAACCGAGUGUGUUGUCAUGGAACUGUUGUUCUUCCCACCUUAUUCCGAGUGACAAAGACACAUCAAUUGGCUGUCAAACUUGAACCUAGAGGUCUUAUUUACGUAAAAGUGACUCUUUUGGAACAGUGGGAGAAUUCACUUCAUGGGCUAGAUAUAAAUCGAGAACCAGUAAUAUUUGGUGUUGAUAUUCGAAAAGUUGUAGAGAAAGAAAAUAUAGGCUUGAUGGUACCACUUCUGAUUCAGAAAUGUAUUAUGGAAAUUGAAAAGAGAGGCUGUCAGGUAGUAGGCCUAUACCGAUUAUGUGGCUCGGCAGCAGUCAAGAAAGAACUUCGAGAGGCUUUUGAGAGGGAUAGCAAAGCUGUUGGUCUGUGUGAAAGCCAGUACCCAGAUAUAAAUGUAAUAACAGGUGUUCUUAAGGAUUAUUUAAGAGAACUUCCUUCUCCUCUGAUAACAAAGCAGCUUUAUGAGGCUGUAUUAGAUGCAAUGGCAAAAAAUCCUUUGAAAAUGUCAUCAAAUGGUUGUGAGAAUGAUCCAGGUGAUUCUCAGUACACUGUUGGCCUUCUGGAUUGUCUGCCUGACGUUGAGAAGGCAACUCUAAUGAUGUUGUUGGAUCAUUUGAAAUUGGUGGCUUCUUAUCAUGAUGUGAAUAAGAUGACUUGCCAGAACUUGGCUGUGUGCUUUGGACCAGUAUUACUAAGUCAGAGGCAAGAGACUUCCACCCAUAACAACAGAGUCUUUACUGAUUCCGAGGAACUUGCGACUGCUUUGGAUUUUAAAAAACAUAUUGAAGUUCUUCACUACUUACUUCAACUCUGGCCAGUGCAACGUUUAACUAUCAAAGAAUCAGCAGACAAUUUGUUCCCAGAGCAGAAGUCUUCUCUUGAUUAUUUGAGGCGGAAGAAAGAACGACCUUACCUUUUAAAUUUGAGUGGUACUGAAUCAUCAAGAGUACUCAGGCCAAGGCAAACCAGACUAGACAGUCCACUCAGUAAUCGUUAUGCAGGAGACUGGAGCAGCUGUGGAGAAAACUACUUUUUAAAUAAGAAAGAAAAUUUAAAUACUGUGGAUUAUGAUGAUGUCCCUUCAGAAGACAGAGAAAAUGGAGAAAACUGUAGCAAAAUAUAUGAGCCAGAUAUCAUGAUUGAACAGCCAACUCCUCCGUCCAAAGAAUGCACAUUUCAGACAUAUUUGACAGUGCAGACAAUUGAGUCUAGUGUGGACCAAAAAGUCAAUCUCAAAGAUCUACAAGAAAGUAUUGAUACUUUGAUUGGAAAUCUAGAGCGUGAACUCAACAAAAACAAGCUUAAUAUGAGUGUUUAA